UGCAAAGCACAGCCAUGAAAAACAGUGAACAGAAACUACACUGAAACAGUUUCUUUAAGAUCGUCCAGCAGAAUGGCAAAGAAAAAUAAACACUUUUGAGAGUCAUUCAGUGUGUGUGUGUGUGUGUAUGAGGAGUUAUGUGCAUCCAGGUGCCACUGAUAGUAGAUUUUUGUUCAUGUGAGACUAUCUGAGAAUUUAUCCAAGACUUUUAAAAGACAAUCUUCACAGCGAAGCUGUAAGUUAGGCCCUGAGCCUGCAAUGAGCGCUGCUUGGGUGUGUCGUCAUGUCCACAGAAGUUAGUAACACCACUUAAUGCCCUACCGGAAGGCACUCAAAUACUAUGGUGGUUUCGGGAGAAAAUGCUCCAAUGGAUAGCCUCCAGAAAUUUAUCCCAGUCACUUUUAUCCUAUUUGCCUCACUAACAGGUUUUGGCUUUGGUUAUUCUAUUAUAAAUGGCCCAGCUAAUGCAACAGUCCUAGCUGGUUCAGAGGCUCGGUUUAACUGUACUGUGUCACAAGGAUGGCAAAUUAUCAUUUGGCUUUUAAACGGGAAUGCUGUUCUCACGACAAUUCACCUUGGAGGAGCUGUUGUAACACUAGAUCGCUUCACUCAGCAAAAUUAUACCAGUGGUGAGACUUUUACCUCAGAACUGAUCAUCCACAAUGUCCAACAGAGCGAUUCUGGUAAAAUAGAAUGCAGCAUCCAACUUGGUAUCCCCAACAGUUAUGCCUUUCUUUCUGUGCAAGUUAAUGGAUCUUUGUUCAUCAAAGAUCACAACUCGACAGUAAGAAAGAACGAAACAAUUGAAAUUGUUUGUGAAGCCUUAGGAUGGGCUCCAGCUCCAAACAUGACCUGGAUGAUAAACAACUCUUUUGUAGAUAAGUCCAGGUAUGUUACUAACCACAGUCAAGGAUCUAAUGAUCUUCACAAUGAAGUGAGCACCUUAACUUUGACUCCGCUGGCCAAUGAGACGCUGACUUGUUUAGCUUAUAUAGAAGCACUCCCUAAGCCCCAGAAUGCAACUGUAACUCUUAUUGUGCAGGAGUCUCUUGCAGAAAAUGGUAACCAAGAAGACAGCACACGGACACGGACUAUUAUACUUGCAGUCACACUGUCAGUUGGUUUUCUUCUUCUGAUCAUUAUUAUUUUUAUAAUAAUAUACUGCUGCCUAAAAAACAAAGAGUCCACCUAUCAAAAGGAGUUGAGAAAAGUUUCAACUAAGAAAACCAAUGAUGGUAGUGAGAAGACCAGGAGAAGCAGUGGUAAUGAAAAUUCUGGAUACAGUCCAGAGGACCCAGUGCACACAAAACAAAUGCCAAGAAUCGCCCCUCUUCCCCCAAUGGCUUCCAACUUUCAUCGCCCAGAAGAAGAUUUAGAAGUCAGUUCCGCAUCAGAGGUACCUUAUAAGGUGCAUCAGAACAGAGUAUCACCUCGAAGACCUACUGAUUAUCCAGUCAACCCAAGGAAAAUCAGAAACAUGACACUUGUAUAGGAGUUACUGCCCUUUGAGGUUCCUGUAUCGCUGAAAUUUACACCUUUGGAUGACUUCCUGCAACACAUAAAGAUCACCAUAAUUUCACUUAUAUUUGAAAACAGGACCAUAGAUGUAUCUAUUUUUCAUAUAAUGAACAAUUCCUACCAAGAAGAACUAACAAUCUUGACUUUAACAUACACAUUUUCAACAAAAUUCUGUAUACAAAUGAUGGACCUGAUCCUGUAAUAGGAUUCAGGCAGGUGCACCUUGCAGAGCUCCACUGACUCCCAGGGGACUUCCCAAUGGCAAGGGGCCAUGCAGUGGAGUCCCAUGGAAGUCAGUAAGGCUCCACGUGGGCACAAAGGUUUGCUCACCCAGAUCCAAACUAAAAGAUCAGAGAUUAUAUAAACUGGAGAUUUAUUAGUCCGGAACAGCAAAAUCUAUUGCUGGGUAGUAUAAUGUUGCUUUUAUAUUACUUAAUUUAUACUUUCUGAUCAUCCCAAGCUCCAUCAUCAACAAACAUUUCCAUUUCUUAUUUCCUAAUAUGAGCCAAGAUUUCCAAUAGGGCUGGUUGAGGAUUUUCAAUCAAAAAAUUUUUUUUGCAAAAAGUGUCCAUUUUCUAAAGAAAACUUCAACUGUUUGUCAAAAAAAGUAAACACAUAAAAGCAAAAAAUUUAUCAGUUUUUGACUGGAAAACAAUAUGUCAGCUGAAAAAUGUUGAUUCAGAAUUCAUGUAGCAAUGCCUCAUGAGAGCUGAAGUUUGGAUGUGUCAUUUCCCUGUUCUUCUCUAUAAGAUGAGUUCUCUAGCCAGACAUCUCUCUUGGCUUACUCUGGCCAGAUUGUCUCAUGAUGCAUCACAGUGGCUCAUCAAGAUGGGAGACUGUGGUGCAUCAUGGGAGAUGUAGUCUGACCAGGGAGCUUGGCCUAUAGAGGAAAAUGGGGGCAUGAUGCACCUGAACUACAACUCACAUGAGGCACUAAAGUGGCAUUACCAAGGACAAAGUUUUCGUUUUCAGCCAAAAAUUAUGGGAUGAAACUUUUUCAAUUUUCAGCUGAAAAAUUUCAGUUUAUGAUUUUUCACCAAAAAGUUACAAUUUUCCAUGGAAAAAACCCAUUUUCUAUCCUGCUCUAGCUGGCAUAUACUCAUAACUUUCUAAGUUAUCCUGUAAUUUAUAUAUUGAUAUUUCAUAAGGAUCAAUACUUUUGAAUGUUGGAAAGAAGUGAUUAUCUCUACAAUGAUAUUCUAUGCAACAAAGAGAAUAAAUCCAGAUCCUGAAUUGUGGGAAAAUUUUGUUUUGCACUCUGAGCAUUUUCAAUUUAAUUAAAUUGUGACUAUUGAAUCCAGAUUCUGCAUUAUUAGUAUCAUUUUACAGUUAGUCAGAUCAAAUGCUGAGGCCAAUUCAUAUUUUGACACAUCCAGUUGUCUACAAAGAUAUUUCAAAUUCUGGAAUACUCCCCCACCUUUUUUCUGUCUUGUCUAUUUAGGAUGAGAUUUUUCAAAUGAACUCUCAUUGACCUCAAUGGGACCCAAAACAUUGACAUUAUACAGAGAUAACAUAAAUAAUUUAUAUCUAAGAGUCUAUGUCUCCUUCCUUUGUAUUAACAAUGAAUUGAGAAAAAUCAAUAUUGUAUUGGUAUUAGUAUUAAUAUAUCUGAUAUCCCUUAAUAUUAGCGUAGGCUAAAGCAAAUCUGUAACAAAUCUAAAGAUAAAAUCCAUUUGCAACAAAAUGUAGGGCCCAAAUCUAUGAGAGUUCUGCUAGGUGGAAUUCCCAUUUAAUUCCAUGAUCAGGCCUAAAGUUACACCAAUAUUCAAACUAAACUGUAUCACAGAAUAGAAAAAUAUAGCUUUGGUAAGGCUUACAGUACAAGUGAAUGAAUAACAAGCUCUCCUGCAUCACUGUAUUGUGGUACAAAUAUGAAAAUUGUACUGAGAAGAAAUUUUAUUUAACAUUUAGAGCUGGUUGAAAAAAUUCUAACAGAACAGAAAAUGCUGAUUUGAUGAAAAAUUAUCAGACAUUUUGUUUUGAUAAGGUAGAAGAACCUCAUUUCAACUGUAUUGUUUAGACUUUUAUAUUACCUUAAUAUAAUAUAUAUAUA